UUCUUAAAAAGAAUCCGACAAUAAAUUGAAGGCAUCGACGUGUUAAUGGAAUAUUGUUUUUGCUUUGUUUAUUUGUUUUGUUUUUUCUUUUUCUGAUGAACCUCUUAAUUGCUUUUACUCUAGCAAAUUAAUAGCUCGAAUCAAAUAUCCCAAGAUCAGAAGAUAAUCAUAUUUUGCAAAACCAAGGGGGAAACUUUUGGUUCUAACUAUAUAACAUCAUGACAAGUUAUAGUAUUUUGUUGUGCUUAGCGGUUCUAAUUUCUUUGGGAAUGUCCGGGAGCGACGAGCCGGACAUCUUAAUGUCCCCGGUGAGUGAGAUGCCCUCGGAUGCUGGGGUCUCUCUAUUUGAAGUGGAGGAUGUGGACUCUCCUGAGUGUUCCGCUUGUGUUUGGAGAGAACAGAGUAAAGUCUUACGGCUGGAAACAAUCAAAUCGCAAAUCCUUAGCAAACUGCGCUUAAAACAAGCGCCCAACAUCAGUAGAGAGGUAGUUAAUCAGCUUCUUCCGAAAGCUCCUCCAUUGCAGCAGCUCCUGGACCAUCAUGACUUCCAGGGGGACGCCUCAUCACUAGAAGAGUUCAUGGACGCCGAUGAGUAUCACGCCACCACUGAGUCCGUCAUUACCAUGGCCUCAGAGCCUGAGCCUCUGGUGCAGGUGGAUGGAAAACCCAGCUGUUGUUUCUUCAAGUUCAGCCCAAAGCUCAUGUUCACCAAGGUCCUGAAAGCCCAGCUGUGGGUGUACCUGCGGCCACUUCAGCAGACCACCACUGUAUACCUACAGAUCCUUCGCCUGAAACCUGUCACUGAGCAGGGGAGUCGACACAUCCGCAUACGCUCACUCAAAAUUGAGCUCAACUCUCAGUCGGGUCAUUGGCAGAGCAUUGAUUUCAAACAUGUCUUGCAAAACUGGUUCAAGCAGCCAAACUCAAACUGGGGCAUUGAUAUAAAUGCCUUUGAUGAGAGUGGCAACGACCUGGCUGUGACAUCCUUGCGGCCUGGAGAAGAGGGGCUGCAGCCAUUCCUGGAAGUGAAGGUUCUUGAAACAACCAAGCGCUCACGGAGGAACCUGGGUCUGGACUGUGAUGAGCACUCCACAGAAUCCCGCUGUUGUCGCUACCCGCUCACAGUGGACUUUGAAGCGUUUGGCUGGGACUGGAUUAUUGCACCCAAAAGGUACAAGGCGAACUACUGCUCAGGCCAGUGUGAGUACAUGUUCAUGCAGAAGUACCCGCAUACCCAUCUGGUACAGCACGCCAAUCCCAGAGGCUCUGCAGGGCCAUGCUGCACCCCCACCAAGAUGUCGCCAAUAAACAUGCUCUACUUCAAUGACAAACAGCAGAUCAUUCAUGGCAAAAUCCCUGGAAUGGUGGUGGACCGUUGUGGCUGUUCAUAGAAUUGCACUUGAUGGGGUUUUACUUUGGGAUGGAGGGUGGGUGUUAGGGGUGCAGUCUAGAUUGCCCUAGAAUCUCCAAGCCUCUGCAGUUUCCUCAUAUUUUACUUUGAUUCCUUGGAAUCAGUAAUAUAUCAUGUACAGAGAACAUCAGUAGAAUUCUCUUAAGUCCAGGAUAAAUACUGAUAGGAAUUGUUGCUUUAUCAUUGUAAUCAAAAUGUUUGCCCUAACCAGUAUGACACAAAACAAGACAUCAUGGUUACUGCUUUCUAUUUUUUAUGCAUUGCGCUGGGUAGCUCUGGCAGUGAAAUGUCAUUAGACAAAAUUCCCACUCCACAAGAAAUAUAAUUGGAUGUCUAUUGUUUUAUUCUGUAUUCCGCUUUCAUGGAGGACUGAAAGAAAGAAAUUGACACAGGAACCGUGCCUGGUUAGGACACAGUCCUAAUGGAAGAUGAUAAAAAAUGUAAAGCAAGAGAGAACAGAACAGACAAAACACUAAUUAUAAAAUCUGUGGAGCUAUCAUUUAGGAAAGAAUAUCAUUAUUAUAUAUCUUUUUGAUUAUUAUUUUCUUCUUUUAGUUAGAGAGAUUUUGACAUUGACUCCAAAGUGUUUGAGCCAGCAUCCUAAGACCUAUUCUAGUUUCUUUACAUUUGUCUUUACGUUCUACCCUCUGGGGAAAAAAAGGGUUGUUUAAAAUUGGCAGCUUGAGACCAUAUGUAAACUAGUCAUUUAUACAAUAUUGUCAAAAUUAAAAACAAUGCUAAAGUGUCCACAGUAUAUAUCCUUGAUAAAUGCAUAAAAUAUGCAGUGAAGAAAUCAUGACAGAAGAUGCAAACACCCAGCCCCCUCCAAUAAUCCAGCUACCACUAUGGUGUGACAUUCCCAGUAGUCUGGAAAGCCUUUAAUGACCACUUUGAUCCUCUUUUCUCUCAUGUUCUUGUAAAAAAUGAAAAGACAAAAAGAGAAGAAAGGAGAGGGUUUUUAUUUUUAGUACUUUUUCAGGAGAACAGGAACAUGCCCCGCUUUUACACACAUAAACUUAAGAUGUAGAGCACUGUUCAUAUAUUUCAGCAUCUGCAAUGGACAAAAUCAUUAUUACAGAGAGAGGCAUUUAAAUAACUCAACUUAUUUAUUAAAAAAGGAACACAGCAAUAAAAGAAAAGGGGAAAUGCUGUAAUGUCACGCAUAUCUAGAGGGUGACGUGCAUGAUUUCAUGUUAAUCUGUAUAAGAGAUAAUACCUUUCAACCUUUAGUAGGAUUUAGAAAGAUUUACAAAAUUAUAGAAAAAUCUGUUCUUAUUGAGAAAUAUCUUUCCAGCUAAUAUAAAUCAACAUCAAGUCACAGUGAAAGGGAAACCAAAUACAUUGACUUCAUGGCUAUAUUCAGCUGCACAGUGACAGAUACAAAGGUUCUCAUGCUGGCACAGAAUCAUUUAUUUACACCAAUGGAAAGGAAUAGAUGAAAAUCACAACAGUCACUGUGUAUGCUAUGUACAUAAAACUUUAUUUUAAUCAAUGUUUGUAAUUUAUAGAAUAGUCAUUUCCUUUAAUGUUUGUUGUGCUUAAUCAAAAUUUCAGCCCCUUACCAAGCUUUAAACAGUGAACUUUGAAAGUGCUGAAAAAGCAAAAGAUGGGGAGGGAUAAGAGGUAGAAUAGAAAUGUUUUUCUUUUGUCCUAACCAGAUGUUGUGGCUAAGAUGUCCAUUUGUUGGAAACAAAAGCACUAUGAGGUUGGAUAAAAGAGGAGCCUUUUUACACUAAAUAUAAAUAAUAUAAGUAUAUAUAUACUUUGAUUCCUUGGAAUCAAAGUAUAUAUAUAUUAGCGCUGCACGAUAAGUCAUAUAGCAAUCGCAAUCGCGAUGUCAGCCUGUGCGAUUAUAUAACGGCAAAAUGCUGCGAUUAUAUUAAAUAAAUAAGUGCAUGUGUGUGGACGUGACAGCUCAUUCUCUUUGAGAGCUGUUUUCCCAUUUUCUACACCGCUAAUCAAAAGAUGACCAGUCAGUCUCAGUUUAGGGAGUGGCAAUGUGUGGUCAUGUCAGUUUCCGGUGUUCAGCGUGGAGAUAGAUGCCGAGCAGACCGACACUGAACUGGUGGCCAGAAAAAAUAACACAGAUCAUACCUUGGCGAUAUAAUUUUUAUUUCAUGCCAGGUAAAUAAACUCAAACUUCAAAACUGUCAUUCUCGGUGCGGUCAGAGCCGCUUCAACCAGUCGCGGAACAGACACAAUCUGAGCGGGAGUUGAGACUGGGAGAGAUUUAAAGUUAUGCCGAAUGAUGCGCACUCUAACACGGAGACGCUCGUCUCUCAUGCCCUGCUGUCUGCAGCUUGCAACGUGUAGCAUCAUUAAUGAGGUCAUCAUGAUAAUAUCAAUCUUAUGUGAAAAACAACAAUAAAAUGUGUGUAUGUGUAUGUAUAAUAUAUCUAUAUAUAAUGUUUUGGAUAGACAAGAUUGACAAAUGCUUAUCAAUAAUACUCUUAUGGCUAAAAUGUUUAGUGUUCAGUGGCUAAAACUACAUUAAAAAGCACAGUAAGCCAAAUAAAACAAAGCACAAUUACAGAUGUGUUUGUGAGUGUCACACAAUAUGACAAGUCUUCACAGAGAUAUAAAGAGACAUGAUGCACCGUUAGCAAAGUGGGAUUUCAGAAAAUGAUCCACACACUGGACAAGAGGUACCAGAGGUACUAGAUUUGGAAAUACCAGUUGGUCAUUUAAAAAAAAAACACACACACACAACAACAACAACAUUUUUAGUGGUUUGAGUGAACCACACUUUUAUAUCCAGUUUCCUUUUCAAAAGAGUUUAUAGAAAAUACAUGUUACAUCCUGAUUAAAUGUCCCUGUUUGUUUGGACAAUCUUAUUUUCAUGAAAAUGUUUAUGUUCUUAUUUAUUGUUCCAUUUUAUUUAGGUGUAAUAUUGAGAAAAUAACAAGUUUGCAGUAAUGCAAAGAUGUUAUUAUUUAAUUUUGUAAAAAAUAUUAUUUUAAUUUGAAAACACUGCAUUUGUAGUUGCUGUUGUUGCUAGUUUGUAUGUUUGAGUUGAAAAAUACACAUUUCAGCAUUAUCAGUAAUCUAUUUGUGCAUUUUCCUUGAUAACCAAGCAAGUUGACUCAUGUUACCAUUUGUUUAUUAUAUCGCAAUUGCAUAUCAAAAUAUUAGCCUCAAUAAUCGCAAUAUGACAUUUUCCUCAAGUCGUGCAGCUCUAAUAUAUAUAUAUACAUAUAUAUAUACAUAUAUAUACAUAUGCUAUAUAAAACUUUGAAAAAAGGAAAAUAAAAACGAGAAUGACAAAAAAGGAUGGUGGGUGGGAUGGGGUGAAGGGUAUAAAAGAUUUUCUGGGCACUCUACAUACCAACAAUAAAUUUUGCACUAUGGGAUGUAAAUGGCGAGAGAAGACAUAUUGUUGUCUGUAUUUGUAUUAAACCUUUGCAAGCACAAGAGAUUGUGUGUGGAUUUUAAUAAUUUAAAGAUGGAAAAAGUUUUGAUGGAGUUUACUGAGAUGUUUGCAAAGAUGGCUUGUGAGUCCAUCCACCAUGUCUUAAACGCAGCUUUCCUUCCUAAAAACUGAACUCCUGCUUUCUGCUGGAGCAGAUACCCCUUAAAGACAAACCAUAUCUAAAAUCUCUAAACAGACCUAAGACUGGACAACACAUUCCAGUGACACAGAGUUUCCCACAAAGUCCUAACACUCGUGGGAAUUUGCCUUUUUAGCAAGCAGCUUGUGUGAAAGUAUUUCUGCACCAUGCUUUGAGUGGAAUAUAGUUUAGGUUUUGUCAGAUAAAGAGAAGAAUUUAGCAUGGAUUAGCAGUAAACAUUUUUUUACUUGCUUUCAGAGCAGAAACAAGGUUAUAUGGGCCAAAUUAUAUCUGCUGAAAAGUAAAUCAGUCACAAAAUCAAGUAAAGCAAUCACAAAAUCAAGUAAAAACUACCUCUUCAACAGUUUGAAACCUUGCUACAAAAUUCACAAAUGUUAAUAUAUAGGGCCAAAUCCUCUAGAUUUAUGGUCAAAAUACAAAUGCAUGUAAUUCCAUCAUAUAAUAUUUUCUCUUGCCAUUUCAAUUGUUCUAGAUUUUCUUUCUUUCUAUAAGAACAUUACUUGAUGUAAAAGUAUUCUAAAAUGCCACAGGGUCUCUUUAAUAAGGUCCUAUAAGGGCACAAAGAUUAGGAGUAUGAUAGGGAGAUCAUAAGCCAUCAAAUUUUGUGCGUUUUUUAUAAUUCGAAACGUCUGUGUAAAAUGUAACUUUAUGAGAGAAUAUUGUCAUAUGUGGAUAAAGACAUGGGUGAUCUGUAAAUGUGAAUAAAUCUCCAAUGUUAACAUUUUACACUACAUUGUGUUCACAGGCUCUCUGUUUUGAAGUUUUUCUUACU